GGCAGUUGCUAUACAAUGCGGUCGUAAGUCUUUCUAUCUCUCCCCUUCAUUCACGAUACAAUAAACUGACCAGCCCCGUCUUUCACAGCCUGGUUCAAAUUCAUCAAACUCGCCCCUCUAACCUUCAUCAUCCCCACCAUCCUCUUCCUCAUUCUCUCCCUCGCCGGCUGUCUCUCCUCGGCACCCACCAUCCCCUCCCUUUACGUCGUCGCCCUGACCUCCUCCUCCAACGGCACGCUUGCGCCCAUGCAAGUCCGCCUCGGCUACUUUGGCAUGUGCGGCGACGACGGCGACACGCGCACCUGCCUGUCUGCCGCCGGCCACUUCGACCCGGACGAGCCGCAGGACAUCAUCCACCUUACCGAGCUCUUGUUCCCCCAAGUCAUGAACAACAGCAACGCCCGCGGCGCCAUUCCGGAGCUGCAGAACAUGGUCUUGACGGGGCUGGAUCUGCAGGACCAGAUCUUCGGCAAGGUGCUCCUCACGGGCUCGGCGCUGUUUGCCCUGGGCUUGGUCCUCAUGUUCCCCCUGAAGCUGGUCAAGAAGAAGCUGGCCAAGUUGGCGCCCGGGACUCCGCUCACCAAGAAACAGCAGUUUAUCAGAAGGGGGUGUUACUCGACUAUCUGGGCUGGGCUGAUGAUUGUUUUUGCCGCUUGCAUCGGGACAACCGAGACCGCGGGCGCGCUGGGACAUGCGACGGCGCAUAUCAAGGGGUCGAGCAUCCUGAUGAAGGAGGGCGUGACGCUGCAGGUGCUGCAGUGGAUGGCGUUUGGGUUCAUGUUCCUGUUCGUCUUGACCAUGCCGAUUAUGUUGUUCGUCAAGAGGGAGAAUCCCCUGGAUCAGUACAUGAGUGCCGAGGGCAUCAAGGAGAAGGCCUUUGGGUUUGCUAAGGGGUAUGCGAUGGAUAAGGUGGAGAAGCCAAAGAGGGCCAAGUUCUUUGGAAGGCAGAAGUCCCAGCAGGAGGAUAUGGUGUGAGCUGGCUGGCUGACUGGCUGACUGACCGUGAAUGGAAGGGGAGAGAAGGGGUGGUACGGUAAAAAGGGGGAAAGAUAUCUAUCUGAUCUGUGAACGAUAGAAGGGAGGCGGUUUGCGGUGAUCUGGUUCAUAUAUCAAGGCGUUUUUUGGGUGUCUUUUUUUUUUGCGGGAUUCGGUGGGAGGGAAUGAAAGAUCAACGAUAUACCAUCGCAAAGAAUGCUCAGCACUGAAUUUCGGGGAGUUAUCUGGAUAGAGCAGACUACAAGACCUUCUUUAAUGGUAAAAUACCAAGACCACCUAACUGGCGGCAAUCCACGCCAUGUUUUCCCUGAUUUCUGAUGAUGACGGGGAAAUGCAGUGAAGAUGCAACGAAGGUACCUGCGAAGAUAGGCACUAUUCAGCA